CCACUUCUCCCGUAACUGAUAACCCGGAGCCACUACCACACGCAGCCAAGAAGCGAACACACACCAUGCCGCCCACCCCCACCACCCCCGCAGCCACCGGCGCCGCCGCGGUGACGCCGGAGCACGCGCGGCCGCGCCGAAUGGUCCGCUUCAACCCGCGCAGCGACCGCUUCCACACGCUCGCCUUCCACCACGUCGAGUUCUGGUGCGCGGACGCCGCCUCCGCCGCCGGCCGCUUCGCCUUCGCGCUCGGCGCGCCGCUCGCCGCCAGGUCCGACCUCUCCACGGGGAACUCCGUGCACGCCUCCCAGCUGCUCCGCUCGGGCAACCUCGCCUUCCUCUUCACGGCCCCCUACGCCAACGGCUGCGACGCCGCCACCGCCUCCCUGCCCUCCUUCUCCGCCGACGCCGCGCGCCAGUUCUCCGCGGACCACGGCCUCGCGGUGCGCUCCAUAGCGCUGCGCGUCGCGGACGCCGCCGAGGCCUUCCGCGCCAGCGUCGACGGGGGCGCGCGCCCGGCCUUCAGCCCUGUGGACCUCGGCCGCGGCUUCGGCUUCGCGGAGGUCGAGCUCUACGGCGACGUCGUGCUCCGCUUCGUCAGCCACCCGGACGGCACGGACGUGCCCUUCUUGCCGGGGUUCGAGGGCGUGAGCAACCCAGACGCCGUGGACUACGGCCUGACGCGGUUCGACCACGUCGUCGGCAACGUCCCGGAGCUUGCCCCCGCCGCGGCCUACGUCGCCGGGUUCACGGGGUUCCACGAGUUCGCCGAGUUCACGACGGAGGACGUGGGCACGGCCGAGAGCGGGCUCAACUCGAUGGUGCUCGCCAACAACUCGGAGGGCGUGCUGCUGCCGCUCAACGAGCCGGUGCACGGCACCAAGCGCCGGAGCCAGAUACAGACGUUCCUGGAACACCACGGCGGCUCGGGCGUGCAGCACAUCGCGGUGGCCAGCAGCGACGUGCUCAGGACGCUCAGGGAGAUGCGUGCGCGCUCCGCCAUGGGCGGCUUCGACUUCCUGCCACCCCCGCUGCCGAAGUACUACGAAGGCGUGCGGCGCAUCGCCGGGGAUGUGCUCUCGGAGGCGCAGAUCAAGGAAUGCCAGGAGCUGGGGGUGCUCGUCGACAGGGACGACCAAGGGGUGUUGCUACAAAUCUUCACCAAGCCAGUAGGGGACAGGCCGACGUUGUUCCUGGAGAUGAUCCAGAGGAUCGGGUGCAUGGAGAAGGACGAGAGAGGGGAAGAGUACCAGAAGGGUGGCUGCGGCGGGUUCGGCAAAGGCAACUUCUCCGAGCUGUUCAAGUCCAUUGAAGAUUACGAGAAGUCCCUUGAAGCCAAGCAAUCUGCUGCAGUUCAGGGAUCAUAGGAUAGAAGCUGGAGCUGGAGGAGCUGAUCCAGUACUUUGUAUCAGGUCUCAUGGAGCAAAAGAAAAUGAUGUUGUUUGUAAGAUGCGGCGCGCAAUUAUGUCCGAUGUUAUAAUUGGUGAAGCUGAAGACUGAUGUAUCCUAUGUAUGAUGGGUGUAAUAGAUGGUAGAGGGGGCUCGGCUCACACAUGAACAAAAUGUACUGUUGGCAUUGUUGUAUAAUCUUGCUUGCAAGUAAAAUAAAGAAGAACCGAUUUUGAGUUCUGCAUCA